GCCCAUACAUAAUGAAAGCCCGCGGCAUUGGCUUUACCUCGCUUCAGUCGCUUUGUUCUCUCGCAUGGGUAUGCUUCUAGGGUCAAUGCUGCUACGGAGACGGUAGCCUGCUGCGCGCGCAGCCACAGCAGCCCGCUUUAGAAUGUCUGUGCUCACCGUAUGCGACCUUUUCCCAAAACACUCAGCUUUACGCCGGGCAAGGCGGGGAUCUGCAGCGCUCAUAAGUAGUACUCGUGCCUCGUUGUCGCCGUGCUGAACUCGCCGUCCGCCAUCUGCUUUCUCCCAUAACCUUAAGCUUGUGCCCCAUCCUCGCCACAGCAAGCCUCCCGAGUCUUCAUCCACGCAUGGUCUCAGACACGAAUCCUUUCCGAAGCCGAGCGGCUUCUUCCACUGUAACUGGAGAUUCUCAGUCGAGUGGCGGUAGCACGCGGUCUGCGCGAGAGUCAGGACAGGGACGCUCGCCUUCCCCUGAUCUACCACCGGAGGUCCCAGAACGCACCGUUCCACCUCCUUUGCCGCCGCGCGACUCGAGCUCUAACCAUCAUCUACCUCCGGACGACCUCAUCUCAGAGGAGCUGCCGCCUGCAUAUACUCCGGCGCCGGACGUCCUGCAUGGAGAGACGACCAUCGAGAUCGGGCCCCGGCGGCCCUUCCAACAACCCCAGACCGUGCCUCGUGAAUACCUCUCUCCUGCGGAUUGGGGGCGCGGACACCGGCCCAGCGCAUCAACUGCAGACUGGGGACAAUAUCCUGGACAUGGCCCGGGACAUGGCGGGGCGAUCCCGAGGCAUUCGUCGCUAACGCGAGACCGCCCGCGCACUGCUCCCGGCAACGCUCCUCCCUCAGGUCCCUUGUCGGACUUCGCACGAGAUUUCUAUACUGCUGCGGGUGGUGGAAAUGGCGCACAGGCUGGUGCGGGCGGUGACGAUGGCGACGAUGGGCGACCGACGCCUACGCCCAAGCCGGGCCACCCUCUCAUGCGGAACGGACGGGUGCUGGUCUACCCCGCUCUAUACGAGUGUCACAGAUGUCACAACGUAGGCUAUCGGAACAACGAUCCCACAACGCCGUGCCACAAGUGUUGGGAGAAGUACGCGCGCCCGUUCUCCGGCCCCCUGACUUCCUUGGACUGGAAGAUUGCACAUGUUCCUUCUGGUGCACGUCUCAGCUACCAGCGACCGCUGCCACGCUUCACGCCGCCGCACUUAUCUGGUUCGUCCGCGCCGCACUCUCGGUCAGCGUCUCUCGCGCGCCCACCCGGAGGCUACUCCGGAGGCAGUUCCUCUCGCGUCAUCCCCGUUGCUGGUGGGGGUAUCCCGACGGGGCUAUACCUCGAUGCUGCGCAAGGUCGGGCCCCGCCCACGGUUAGGGUGGCUGAGAACCCGCCAGCGGGUGCGACGAUCUUGCGUCCUGGAGACCCGAGGCUGGGCGGACGCUUAUGUUGGAGGUGUGGUGGGUCUGGAAUCACCACAUUUCUCAUCUUCGACGAGCAGAAUUGCUCCGUGUGCGACGGUAUUGGGCGGACAUUCGUGUAGGUGGCCCCCGUUAGUACACAACAUACUGAUACUGCACAUACGCCAAGCUAUCUCUACCAAUAUCUGAUGCUUCAACAUUCUCUUGCUUUACCCUUACAUGCUACCUGUGACAUAACCACCUCGUUGUACUACGUACCUGUAAUGCUAACAUGUAUCAUUGUGACCGAAUGGCAGACAGUGGGCACAA